AUUCGGAAGUAGGGAUAACGUGUACGCUGUUUAUAAGCAGAGUUCAUCACCGCCAGUGGAACAGUUAUCCUUUGCUGUGAGGACACACCUGGAGAAGAAAUCAUAAUGGCUGGAAGAGACAUGCAUGGACUACUCUCCAUCCACGCCAGAAGACACGGUGGAAUGCACUGAUUGCUGACAGUGUAGUUCAGUAACAUUGCUGAGUGGAGGUACUGUCACAUACAGCUGUGUCUGGCUCCUGCUCAUACACAGGACUGAGGCCAAACAGCAGGCAGAAGGUGGAACAAGAUUUCCAGAACUCUUCUGUAGAAGACAUACCUCAUCCCAAUAUACAAGGAGUUUCUAGCAGGACUGGGCAGGGCAAGAUCCCUGUAAACUCCUCAGGGGAAGAAUAUCGCCAUGCCUCUGUUGCCAUGCCUGAAGAAAGAGAAGUCGCCUGGGUCUUUGGGAAAGAAUAUCUUUCAGAAACACAGCCCACCUGUCCAGCAGAACUACCAAGCCUUGCUGGAGAUGUGCUUGAAGAAUAAACAGCUGUUCACUGAUGAGAGUUUUCCUGCUGACAUCAGCUCUAUUGGAACGGGAGCAAUACUGAAGAAACUCCCCCGAAAUGUGCAGUGGAAGAGGCCACAUGCUUUGCACAGAACUCCAGUAUUUUAUGCUGCAAACAGAAAGCAACUUGACCUCUGCCAAGGAUUAGUGGGGAACUGCUGGUUCCUGGCGGCUCUGCAAGCCCUGACAUUCCACCAGGACAUCUUAGCUGCAGUCGUGCCACAAAACCAGAGCUUUGAGAGGAAAUAUGCUGGCAUUUUCCACUUCCGGUUCUGGCACUUUGGUGAAUGGGUUGACGUGGUGGUUGAUGAUCGCCUGCCGGUGAAUGAGGCGGGGGAGCUGGUCUUUGUUUCUUCAGUCUAUAAGAAUGUGUUCUGGGGAGCCCUUUUGGAGAAGGCAUAUGCUAAACUCUAUGGCUCCUAUGAAGAUCUACAGAUUGGGCAAGUUUCAGAAGCCUUGGUGGAUUUCACAGGUGGUGUUAAUAUAAGAAUCAAGCUUCCAGCAGCUCCUCCUGAUCUGUGGGAUAUCCUGACAAGAGCAACCUACAGCAGAUCUCUCAUGUGCUGUCAGACACAGUUAGGGACAACAAAGGUCUUGAAGAAUGGACUUGUUGCUGGCCAUGCUUACACAGUAACUGGUAUUAGAAAGGUGACCUGCCAAUAUGGACCAGAAAACCUAGUGAGACUGAGAAAUCCAUGGGGUAAAAUUGAAUGGAACGGAGACUGGAGUGACAGCUCUUACAAGUGGGAGUUGCUGAGCCCAAAGGAGAAAAUUCUGCUGAGGAAAAAGAAGGAAGAUGGAGAGUUCUGGAUGUCUCUGCAAGAUUUUAAGAUUCAUUUUGUAGACGUUGUGAUCUGUAAAUUAACUCCAGACCUGGUGAGCCAGGAAGAUGGGAAAAAGUGGAUGUAUUCCCUGAAGAAUGGGAGAUGGGUUAAAGGAAGCACAGCGGGAGGAAGUCUGGGAUUCUCCAAGGGCAUGUUUUGGAUGAACCCCCAGUACUGGUUGAAUAUUUUAGCAAGUGAAGACAGUAGGAGAAACCUGGGUUCCUGCAGUGUGGUUAUAUCCCUGAUGCAGAAACACAGCAGCAAACACCGGAACCGAGCUCCUCACCUCUUCAUUGGCUUUUCACUCUACAAGGUGGCCCGACAGCAAGAGGAAAUCAAUCAAAAGCUGCCUCCAGCAUUCUUCACCCGGCACCAGCCUGUGAACAAGCGCCAGGUCUUCCUCGAUGAACGGGAAGUGACUUGUGACUUCCACCUGGAGCCUGGUGUCUAUGUGAUUGUGCCAUCCACUCUGGAGCCUCAUCAGGAGUCUGAAUUCAUUCUGCGUGUCUUUUCUAGGAAGCACGUCCUUCGGGAAAUGGGUGGGAACUCCAGUUUCAUCCUCUCCAAGGAAAUUGUUGAUAGGUAUGAAGGCAAGAUCUGGGAGGAUUUCUUCACAAAACAUUUUGAAAAGAAUCCUGAAAUAAAUGCUGUUCAGCUCCAGAGGAUCCUGAAUAAUGUAUCUUGGAGACAUUUUCAGAGUUUUCGCCUGAGUUUCAGUCUGGACGCCUGCCAGAGUAUCCUGGCACUCCUGGAUCUGAAUGCCUCUGGCACGCUGAGUAUCCAGGAGUUCCGAGUCCUGUGGAAAAGGCUGCUUUUCUACUUGGAGGUUUUCCAGAAAAGAGACACUAGCAGAUCAGGAAAGCUUGACCUGGUAGAACUGCGUGCAGCUGUACAGGAGACAGGUAUUUCACUCAGCAAUGAAGUCUGUAAUUUGAUGGCGAUCAGAUAUGGUGACCCUGACUUGAAGAUCAGCUUUGAGAGCUUCAUGUGUUUCAUGCUUCGAGUAGAGAUCAUGGGAGAGGCCUUUCGCAACUUAACGCAAGAUGGUAAAGGGAUAUACCUGCAGGAAUCUGAGUGGAUGAUGAUGACACUGUAUUCCUGAAGGGCUGUUGCAAAGGAGGGGACGGCAAAGCCUCUACUGCGAUAAGGAAGGCUGCUUUCUAUCAACUUGCUGUGUACGUUGGAGUCUGAGCUCUUCCCUGCAGUUUACCUCAUAUGAAGUCUUCCCCUCAAGCAGACUUGACCUACUGACCACAGACUUGUUGCACUGGUAAUUUUCUAAUGAAUACGUUUAUUUUGAGUCCUAUUGCACUUCAGACAACCCUUCUGAGAAGAGACUUCUGGACGCCAACCGCUGUGGGUGCACACUGAGACACCAUGGAGCAUAGAAGCUGAGUUGUUGGAAUCACCUAUUUAAUGCUAAUGUUACACUGUUACUGUUAUAAUUUGGCACCUGCUGUGGCAGUAUCCACAGGCUGUGCUUGAUGAUGGAGCUUUAUUGGGGCAAGUAACUCUGAACCUAGGAGAGAAACAGCCCCUGCCUGAAGUGUCUUGUCAUCUAAUAGAGAAAAUCCUAGUUCUGUAGUUGCUUGGCCCGUGAUAGAGAGCUGGAGUCUGUGUGCUUGUUGGGGAAUUCUUCCUUGGCCAUGACCUGGAAAGAUGAUUUGCAAGCAUUCAAAUCAUCUCUUUUGCUUUCAUGAGUCAGCAUAGCUCUAUUGAAGUGAACCUAAGGUGAUCUGACCAGUUGGUGGAUCAAGCCUCCAGCUCUUAGAUGAGAUGGAGCUUGUGAUGCUUGCAGAUUUAGUUCAGAGCAGGGGGUUCUCUCCGCAAGUUGAAAAGCACAAUACAGUGAGAAAUAAAUGAAUCCUAUGUUAUCUUUAAAUCACUGGAGACUGGCAGGGAAUAGAUGUUCACUGUAAACAUAAUACAGGAGUAGUCUGGCAAAGCGACUGAUAAACCAUUUGGGUGUUUGUUGGUUCUUUUUGUGAAGCAGAAUGAGAGAGCGUGUAUGUGUGUGUUGUUAAGUGAUUCAGGCACAUACAGGCUGUAGUGUUAGAGAACAUACUUGGGGCUAUUCCCACCAAACUCUGUGUUGGAGUUAGUUGAUGCAUCUCUCUGUAGGACCCUUCUUCGUUUUCUUACCAUUUAGUUGUUUGGCCUGGUAAUUUCCACACUAAGUGUUUGUUGCAGGUUGCUGCUUUGGCUUUUGCAUUCCAGUGGACAGCACAAUGGGUCUUUCUCUUGUGCACAGUCUCCUUAGAGCACUGAAUACAACAGGGUUCUGGCAGGAAUGAUUAUAUAAUGGAAGAAGAUACUGUAAUGCCUUUGUAGGAAGGAGUAGUAACAAGUUUGCAUAGGCUUAUGCCUAUACAUGAGCCUGAGCUCACGGACGUGCUUCCUACUGCACUGAAGCCUGUGCAACAAGCGUAUUUAGAGAGAAACUCCGUUGUGGAUGUGUUCCCAGUCAGGAGGCAUUAAACAACACGAACAACCGUGUGCUCUUUAUUCGCCAGAACAACCUGUUCCUAGCGGUAUGAUUUUCAUGCUCUUUUUAUGAGAAAACUGUUAGAACCAGAUAAAUAGCUGUAUUUUUCGCUGUUUAUACCGUGACGUAUUUAUCAGUUACUGUGCUGUGCUGCUGUGGUGUCACCGGAGCCCAAGGGUUCAGAACUGUGGGGCAGAACAUGUCAGAGGGAGCAGGGACAUCCAGGAUCCUCGAGCAGAUGUCACGGUGCUAUCAUCCUGCUGGGCUCCCAGAGAGGCUAUUUCAGCAGCUUCCAUUACAAAGCAUGUGCCCUCUCCCAGUUGUCAUGCCUCUGUUCCCUUUUGUGGCUUGCAGCUGAACACAAUGGAGCAAACUAAAUAAGCCUGAUUUAAUUUGCACUCAGCUCGGUGGGUGAUGUUAUAAACACUGAUUUACUGCAUGUAGGAACAGCGCUAGGCGAACCAAAAAGAUUGUAGGAGAGAAUGUAGGUCCUCGCUCUUUUGGCGUGUUCCGAAGGAGGUUGUCCCAAUGGGGGUGGCCCUAAGUGGACAGGAAUGUCAGUGUGCAGAGUUCUCAGCAGCGCUCUGCUGGACAUGAUGAGAAGUAAAUCUGUCGGUCCCAACUGGGUUUGCUACACAGUGCCCGUUGGCAGUGCUGCAGGAGGCAUCCAAGGCCAGAAGGAUGCCAGACAUAGCUUCAGUAGGCACUGAACACUGCACGGCCUUGUGCAGAACUGUGGUGCGGGACACCCAGUUUCACAUGGCAGUUCAUUUCCAUUCUGUACACAUGGUUUUUUAUACAUAUAAGAUUUUGUACUUAUUUACUUCAUACCUAUUUAAUGCAGAGCAAGGAGAUUAUUUUGCUAUUGAUUACUUGAUCCGGGAAAGAAGCAGACUUUGUGCCAUGCCAUGAAUCAUUAAGCACUCGCAGCAAUAAACUUUAUUGAGCCACGUGACUUGCUGUUAGAGAAUUAUAAAGAAUGCUUUACUGGAAUGAUUAUACCAAACCAUGUACGAUUCAAACUGAAUUAUCUGGCUCACAAUAAAAAUGUUUUUGGCAAUGGCACCUACUCAGACGCUAUGAGGCUUUUAUAUUGCUAACAGAGUAACGUUUGCUGGGCAAUUCUGA